AAGUUUGCGAUGUUUUGUUAGACUUUACUAGUAGCGUAAUUUUGAAAUAGAAGGAAAGUUAUUUAUUAUUUCUUUGCAAACAAUCGUAAACUAAUUACUUACCGUGUCACAGAGUUUGACGAUUCGUGUUCAAACCAUACAUAUUUAAUACUACAGCGGGUGUGGUAUUUUACCUGUAACACAUGGUGCAAAUUGUUGCCCGAACCUCGUUGCGUCGUUUGUUUACUUCGUGCUUAUUCGAUUUGACAACAGUAAACGUCACAACAGCUUGGUAUCAAAACAAAGUACACCAAAAAUUCCAUCACGAUUUUUACCAUUCCCAUCAGCGGAAACAAGUAAUCUGUUUACUGACUCACGGUUUUCGUAAAUCUUUCAAAAUAGGUUCCAGAAUGAGUUCAUCGUCACCGGAAAGUCAGGAUAUAUUGGAUGUUCUAGCGUAUAACUGCAGCAAACUUUCAAACGAUCUUUGGGAAGCUUCUAAUUUGAAUGAAAAACGUAAGUUGGUGGCAGAAUAUUUGAAAAGCGUUGAUCGAGAUGGUAAGAGCAUCGAAGAUUUCAAAGAAGACUUAGAUUGGUUUAAUGUAACCGAGCCUCUGUCAUUUGAAAAUUCCUUGCGGGGAAAGAUUGUUGUGCUGGACUUUUUUACUUACUGUUGCAUCAAUUGUAUGCACAUUUUACCGGAUCUGAAACGAUUGGAACACUUGUACUCGAUCGAAGAUGGAUUGGUUGUAAUUGGUGUACACAGCGCCAAAUUCGCAAACGAAAGAGACUCCUCAAACAUUCGUUCUGCUGUACAACGCUACGAGAUUAGCCAUCCGGUGGUUAAUGAUAACACAUCCUCAAUGUGGAGAAAAUUACAUGUACAGUGCUGGCCAACACUACUGAUUCUGGGACCCAGAGCGAAUCCGUUGUUCGUCAUCAUGGGUGAAGGUCAUUUUGACGAUUUGAAACUGUACGUUAGCUCGGCUCUCAAGUUUUAUAAAGAUAAAGUGGCUAUUUCGAAUCAUUCUAUUUCGAUAAAUCUCACUACGAAUCAAAGUGAAACCAGUCAUUUGCAGUUCCCGGGAAAAAUAAGCUGUUCAUACCGCGGUUGUGACAACAACGAUAAUCCAUUGUAUGCAGUUUCUGACUCAGGGAACCAUCGAAUUUUAGUCACUAACAGCGAAGGAACCGUGUUGCAUCGCAUUGGCGGGAAGAAACCGGGGUUCGUGGAUGGAGAUUUCCGAAAAGCCCGUUUUAAUGCACCUCAAGGAGUGGCCUUUCAAACCGACUCAAUUCUUUUUGUGGCAGAUAACGAAAAUCAUGCUGUGCGAAUAAUUGAUUUGAAUGCCAAAGAGGUAAGCACAGUUGUAGGUAAUGGUAAGCAAGGAUGCGAUCGAAUUGGAGGUAAAUCUGGCCGAGAUCAGAUUAUAUCAUCGCCUUGGGAUGUAGCUGUCUAUCGAACUCGGGAUCUGGAUAUGUCGUUCCAUUCGGACGAAUCGAAAGCUCAAAUUAAGGAUGUGGUGUUUAUUGCAAUGGCUGGCAUUCAUCAGAUAUGGGCUUUGUUUCUAGAGGAUACCAUUUGGUGGAAAUUCAAAAAGUAUGCUGGCAAUAGUUGCUUGGCUGUUGCUGGGAAUGGUCGAGAGGAGAAUCGAAAUAAUACUUACCCAAGCAAUGCGGCCUUUGCUCAACCGUCCGGAUUAGCAAUCAACAAAGAUGCGAAGGAACUAUAUUUAGCAGACAGCGAAAGUUCUUCGAUUCGAAAAGUAUCACUCAGCGAUGGAAAGGUAGUCGCCGUUGCUGGUGGUGAUCGUAAUCCUCUGGAUCUUUUCUCUUUCGGCGACCUGGAUGGAAAGCAAUACUCAGCUAAAUUUCAGCACCCACUGGGAGUUGCCUACAACGCGAAAGACAACUGUAUUUACGUAGCUGAUACUUACAAUCACAAAAUAAAAAAAAUCAACGCAACCACGAAUGUGGCAACAACAUGUAGUUUCAUCGAGGAUGACGGUUCGACAAAGCAUUUCAGUGAACCUGCCGGACUCUGUCUGGAUCCCACGGGACGCUAUCUAUAUAUAGCAGAUACCAACAAUCAUCAGAUCGUGGUUGCCGAUUUGUCUGAUAUGAGCAUUCGUCCGUUGAAGAUUCAAUUUCCAUCGAACCUAGAGUGCGAUCAUAUGGAUAACCCUGGGGACAUUCAUGUUUACGAAGGAACAUUCAAAGUUCUACCCGAAGGAGGCAAAGUGCAGCUUAAACUUGAGUUCGGAUAUUUGGAAUCUAAUAUUAAACUAACCGAUGGAGCCCCGCAAAAGUGGUCCGUUUUAUUACCGUCAGAUAAGUGGCGCUGCGAUACGAUGAACGGAACAAUUCACUCUCUGAACGACGGAUUAAGUCUAACAUUUGUGAUUCCAAAAGGAAGCGAACAGCAGAAACCAGUUUCAGCAACUGUUAAUUUCCGGCUGAAUCUCUGUGCUAAAGAUGUUUGUUUUCCGAAAGAAUUUGCGGUGGGUCUCAACUUCGUGUACGAUGUUGCUGGAUCAAUUGUCGUCAAGGGCUGCUUAAUGGUGCAAAUUGGCCGACGGAGUGUAGUCGUAUCCAAGGAAUGAACUACAGCUUGCUUGCUGUAAGCACAACACGCGCAGAUCAUUUACUUUACAAUGUAUGUAAAGCAUUUAAUUUAACUUGGAGAUUAUUUUUAUUUUUGACUAUUAUCGAUCACUAACCAUUUAUAGUAACAAACUACCAAUUUAUAAAUAGUCAAUAACAUUUUACACGUGUUAUCACUU